UCUCCCCACAGCCCACAUGAUAAUAUUCCUGUACGCUUAUAUUCUCAAACGCAAUACACCUGGUGGGCCCCCCAACGUCCCUCCUCCUCCUCCUCCAUGGUGUCACAAAGGACCUUCCCCCUCGUCUCCGGCAGAAGCACCACCGCCAGCCCGCAGGCGGCAAUCGUCACUCCGAACACCCCGUACGACAACACCAACCCAUUCUUUCUCCCCGCCGCCACAAGCACUGGGCUGAGCACCCCACCCAGCACCAGCGCCUGCCUCACCAUCGACACCGCCGAGUUCCUCACGCACGUCGGGAACAGCUCCACCGUGACGACGUCGAAAGCCGUGCACGCCCCGAAAAACGACACGAGCUCAAGCCCCACCUGCAUCACCCUCCACUCAACCACCACGCACCCCACGCUGCAUAUCCCACUCAAUAAAGCCAGCCCCACUACAAAACCCCUCCUCCCCAGCCUCCUAAUCAGCAGAAGCGUCACUAGGGACGCCGGGAACUCGGACAGCGCAUUCAGCAUCAAACGACAAGUUCCCCAAACCGAGAGGCAUCCCGUAAUAAAUCAUUCCUAUCCCGAACCCCACUACCAUCACCGCCGCCAGCCGCCGCGCGGACCACCCCCUCCCCACCAACACCCUCAAAGCCGAGAACACGUCGCCGGCCUCCGCCGCCGAUCCUUUCUCCUCCGCCGCCGCGCACCGGUCGAAGAAGCUCCCGGUCAGCGUUGCCCGGUUCGCGGCGCCCGAGAUGCUCCUCAGCGUCUCGGCAAACUCCUCCUGCCGGCCCCUGAUGAAGAGCCACCGCGGCGACUCUCGCACCACCAAGUAGAUCACGGCCGAGUACACGACCGACGGGACUCCCGUCCAGAGAGCAGCCGCCACGACGAGCCUCGGAGAGCGAAAGCGAUCGCCGGAAGAGAGAGAAAGCCUAGAGUGAAGAAGGUGAAUCCGAGAACCCCGACGACCUCUCGCCACCGCCGGCCGACGAGCUCGGUGGAGAGGACGAGGGCGGACGUCCCGAUGGUGGAUCGGCCGAAGCCGCUCACGAGGCGGAGGGCCGCG